AUGGGUCAGGAAACACAAAAUCCUCAAUGGCUAAACCCUGGCAAGACAAAACUUGGGACGAAAGGGACUGACCGACGCAGGCUCGCGUUUCGUCUCAUCUCCCACGGGCGCAGGGCUGAGGAGGGUCUCCGAGUCGCGCACACGCGUAAACUUCGCAAGUGGCCAACGGAGAUCAAGCGCAUCGGCGGCGCCGUGCAGGUGUACAUUGGAAAUCAAAACAAGGAAAAUACAGACCGCUCGCAAUCAUUCACAACACUGAACGGCUGA